AGCACCUGCUCUUCUACGGGGCGGAUUCCUCCUCCCAGAACGCUUCUGGAAACACUGCCUUGCACAUCUGUGCUUUAUACAACAAGGAAAGCUGUGCACGAAUCCUGCUGUACCGAGGAGCCAGUAAAGACAUGAAGAACAACAGCGGCCAGACUCCGUUCCAGGUGGCUGUUAUGUCUGGGCAUUUUGAAUUGGGGGAGAUUAUAAAAAACCACCGGGACACAGAUGUGGUUCCCUUUGUGGAGUCUCCAAAGUACGCCCCCCAGAGGAGAGAGAGCACCCGGACGCUGGUGGUGCCCCACCCCCACCCGUUUCUGCGGGCCAACAGCGACAGCAGCAUGAAUCUGCCGGACUGGAUGGCCGUCCCCAACGCGCCGAGCACCAACAUCGUUUCUGUGCAGGGGUAUAAACACACAGGAACCCUGCGCAGCUCCAGCAGCCCCAGAGGAGCGAGGACGCGGUCCCCGUCCCGCGGACGGAUCGGAGACAAGGAGGACCGGAGCCGGCAGAGCCAGAGACGGGGGCCUCCCCCGACCUCCACCUCCACCACCACCACCACCAUCCAAACCGCAGGCCAGCGCAGACGCCUCUACAGCGCCGUCCCAGGACGGGUCUUUGUAGCAACGCGGUCCCACUCCGCUCAGGGCGAGCGCGAGAUCAGCUUCAGUAAAGGAGACAGGGUCAAAGUGUUGAGCGUCGGCGAGGGCGGCUACUGGGAGGGGACGGUCAGAGGUCGCACGGGCUGGUUCCCCUCCGACUGCGUGGAGGAAGUGGUGCUUCGAAGUCAGGACAACCGAUCAGAGAGUCGUGGAGAACGAGCCAAAAGGUUGUUCCGCCAUUACACUGUGGGAUCAUACGACAGCUUUGAUGCUCCCAGCGACUACAUAAUCAAGGAGAAGACGGUGCUUCUGCAGAAAAAAGACAGCGAGGGAUUCGGCUUCGUGCUGCGAGGGGCCAAAGCUCAAACUCCCAUUGAAGAGUUCACUCCCACUCCGGCCUUCCCGGCCCUGCAGUAUUUGGAGUCAGUGGACGAGGGCGGCGUGGCGUGGAGAGCCGGUCUCAGGAUGGGGGAUUUCCUCAUCGAGGUCAACGGUCAGAAUGUCGUGAAGGUCGGCCACCGGCAGGUCGUCAACAUGAUCCGGCAGGGCGGCAACAGCCUCAUGGUAAAGGUUGUCAUGGUAACCCGCAACCCCGACAUGGAGGAAGGCGCGCGGAAGAAAAUCCCUCAGCAGAGCAAGAGGCUGAGCACUCCAGCCAUCGCCCUGCGCUCCAAAUCAAUGACUUCAGAGCUGGAGGAGAUGGUGGAGAGAGCUGCUACCCCUUGGAAAAAAAAAUCAGAGUUCGAAUCCUCACAAGUUUCAGAGAAGAAGAGGACAGUCUAUCAGAUGGCUUUGACAGCUCAGCAGACAAUCAGCACCAACGAGGCGUCCGGGACACGGGGACAGGGGCCGAAGAGGGACCGGGGAAGAAGUUUCUAUGGCAACGAGCCGAGCUACGCUGACCAGCCUGGGAUGGGGAUGAUGUCGGGUCUGGGACUGGGCUACGAGCGAGGCCAGUACGGCCCGGGUCACGGCCCUCCGCACGGUAUUAUGCGGCAGAAAUCCAUCGGCGUGCCUGAGGAGGAGAAGCAGUUCCUCCAUCCUCCUGCAAUGAAGUUUGCGCGGAGUCUGUCGGUGCCUGGUCCGGACGAUAUCCCUCCUCCUCCCACCACGGCUCCACCGGAGCCCCCGUUCUCCUCCGCUCCACCACUUGGUUGGAGAACAAAGUUGUCCCAGCAGCCCUCUGUCUCCGUGUCCCAGUCAACAUCCAGCUCUGCGCACUACCAGCCCUUCUCCCAGCCAGGGCACCUGAGCCAGGGUGGCAGGGAGAGGGCGAGUGGUCCCACCACCGGCCCAGCAGCGGACCACGCCACACCGUACGUUCACGCAUCUGCCCAUACAGCUCAGAGCAGGACUGCGUCGCGAAAGGUUGCCUAUACUGGGGAGCCUGUUGGAGCUGGGAUUGGGGCCGGCGCAGGCACUAAACCAGCAGGCCUGAGGAGAGGCUACAGCACAGCCGUACCCCCGUCCAGCAUUGCUACUGUAAUGCCCCAGCAACAACAGACUACCCAGAGUCAACCCCAGCGGGCAGACCGCAGCACAGCUGGAGCAGGUGGCCCUAAAGGUGGGGCCAGGAGAGGCAAGGGCCCUCUGGUGAAGCAAUCCAAGAUAGAGGAGCUGCGUCUAGGCCAGGGAAGCCUAGGGAGCAAAGACUCGGUGGAGAAAAGCUCCAUUCCUAUCCCCACCAUCAUUGUCAAAGCUCCCUCAACCAGCAGCAGUGGACGGAGCAGCCAGGGCAGCAGCGUGGAGGCUGACGUCCCCACGUCAGGGGAGAUGGGUGACACAAAAAUGCCUCACGGCCCUCCUCCGUCCACUCCUGCUCCACAGCCACCUGCUCCACCCUCCAUUCCAGCACCACCACCUCCAUCUUUGCCUUCUAUUAGAGCCCAGGAUAAUCUGGACUUUACCAGCCAGUUCGGGGCCGCCAUUGUUGGUGCAGCUCGCCGAGACAGGGAGAGAUUCCUCGAAGCCCGACGCAAGAGUGCCUCCUUGUUCAUGUCUGCUGAGGAGGAUCUGAGUAUUGGGAUGAGCGAAGCGCUAGGAGGAGUUUCAAGAACUCAGGUGUCUCAGCAGCAGCUAAACACUCAGCCUGAAAGCUCGUCAACACGAUUGCGCCCUUCCAAGUCAAUUGAUGAGGGCAUGUUUUCUGCAGACACCUUUAUCCAACACACCCGGAGUAUGCCUCCAGCCUUCGGCCUACCGGAGUACUCCUCUACGGCCCUGGAUUAUCAGCCCAAAUCUGUGCCUGCUGAUCUGUAUACAGCAGCAGGUCGACAGCCAGUGCCCUCCUCCAACACCACUUUUAUUCAUCCUCUUACUGGGAAGGCGCUCGACCCCACAUCACCUCUGGGCCUCGCCCUGGCUGCCAGGGAGCGUGCUCUGAGGGAUGACAGCAGGAUAAGGAGGGGAACGGAGCACCUCUUCACCCGCCAGAUGUCGAGCGUCGUGUUCCCUUCGUCUGCUGUCACCUCUCAGCCAGUUUCAUCCACGACGCAGUCUUCGAGCUCUUACCUGGUGACCUCCUCUUCUCUGGCAGCUACCACACCCACAGUCGGUCGCCCACCCUCACCCAGAAUCCUCCGAGGAGUAGGGAGUACUUGGGGGGAAGAAGGUGGGGAGCGGGAGCGGGAAGGGGGAGGCGCUCGCGAGGGUCUUAGAGUUCGGUUCUCGGAGGACAAAACUGUCCACACACACCACUAUCAGUCUCAGCCAUAUCAGCCGUCUUACAAAGAGCGGGAGAGGUCGCGGGAACGGGAGAGAGACCACUCGAGGGAGAGGGACAUGAGGAGGGCAGAGCAGGCUGCUGAGAGUGGGCCCCCGCAGCCCCGAAGACCCUCUUUUCUCAGGAUGGAAAGUCAAGCCGAUGCCUAUAUGCUGUCUCUCACCCCUCCCUCUCCUCCACCAACCAUUACCCAGCAGGCUUCUGGAAGCACAGGGAGCGGUAUGAUGAUCCUUCCUCCUCCUGCCCCUUCAGUUGACGCAGACGAUGAAUUUGUUUAUGCAGACCCCCUCCCUCCUCCGUUAGAGUUUGCAAACAGCUUCGACAGAGGGGGAUCAGGAUACUCGCAACACGCGAUGCUUUCCAACAGCCUGAUCCAUCGGCAACAGCAAGUCCCUCCCCCACCGCCUCCUCCACCGCCUCCGCCGCCCCCGCCACCUCCUCCCCCUCCUCAGAAAGAGCAUUAUAUAGGUGGUUUUCCUGCCCACACACCUCUGCCCUCUCCCCAGGCAGGAGACUCCACUGCAUCCAGCCUCACGUCGUAUGACAGCGAAGUGGCAAAUCUUACUCAGUCUGCACCUUCCCCUUCACAGACAUCACCAAAUCCUCCACCCCCUUCCUCACCCUCAACUCUUCAGCCAGCCAUGGGUCUUCCUCCUCCCCCUGCAGUCUCACCUCCACCUCCCCCUGGAGCCGGUUCCUACCACAGACCCUUUUCAAUGUCUCACCACCUUUACAACAGCACUCAUGCAUCCGGGCGAUCCUCACCAACACCUCCCCAGCAUGCAGUUGCACCACCUCCAGCUUACCGAGGUCCCCCAGCUCCAUCCUCCACUGCUGCCACGUCCGUCCCACAUAGGGGCACCGCCUCCCACGCAACGACCGCUAGCUGUGCUGCUACAACCACCACUGCUGCCACAACAAGCACCUCCACUCAGCUCCAUCAAGAGCGAACACACCCUGCUCAUUCGACAUACUCCACUACCAUCACAGGACGGACAGGCGAGCACCAUCGUCCUCAUCCCACUGCCAAAAAAGGAGAGUCCCAGGAAACGGUUGUGGACUCUGGGAUUGAGGAACUGGAUAGCCGCAGUAGCAGCGACCAUCACCUGGACAGCAUUUUGGGCCUAAGUGGGGCUGGUGUCCGAGGAGAUAGACUGGAUCGGGGAGAGAGACUCGGGGUUGGAGGUCCAGGGCGAAUGGGAGGAGGCGCAGGAGAAACAGAACGAGGAGGAGUGGACUUUCUGGAGUCAUACAUGAGCUACCUGGAUGGGCAAACCUUUGAGAUGCAGAAUGCGACGGCGGCAGCUUCCACCUACCCAAAAACCAGCAGGUUUAGAGAAGGUAGCCGCGCUGGUGACUCGCAUCGACAGACCAGCACCGCCCCUGCAUCCUACCACUCCCACAGGCAAAGAGACGGGCAGGUAGAGGACGACGUAGAGGAGGGACUCGGAGAUGACGAGAGUGGUCAAGACGGGUACGGGAUGAGGGACAUGCAGAAUUUGGGCCGUCCCACAUCUCCGUACUUUGAGAGGCCGCGCACUCCUGAGAUGAGACCCCUGUGGGGCGACGGUCAGAUGAGCAGUGAUAUGGGGAGCCAGUCCGGGUCGCUUUUAGAGGGGAAGAAGAUUUACCCCCCUGCAUCCAGUAUGAAGCCAAGCAUUAUCACUGAGCUGAGCAGCAAAUUGCAGCAAAGAAGUAAAGACAGCUGGAGCAGCCACAGACCACUGAGCAGACACAGAUUCUCUGAAGACUCCGCCUCCGCUCUGAGCCCGCCCUCAGUCCGCUCCCAGUCUCCAUCUCCAAUCUCUUUAUCGCAGCCGUCUUUAUCGCCGUCCCCAACCCCGGCCUCCCAGUACCCAAACUGGGGACGUUCCCCAUCUCCUCAGCCUCCAGCCGCAUCUCAACCUCCGCGCUCACAUUCUCCGUUGUCCCCGACGUCGUACUCCCCUUACCCUACGUCUCCCAAGCACAGACCCGUGUACCGGACCAAAGCGCUGGAAUUCCAGUUCAUCCCCAGUCGAGAGUCCCGCAAAGCAGAAUCACACAUCCUCCAGCGCCGACGAGCUCCGAGUCCGCUCAUCUCCCAAACAGAGAGGCCCAAAGUGGCCCCGCCCCGCCCGUCGUCGCUUCCCCUUCUCCCCACUUCACCCCUGUACAGUGCCAUCUACGACCUCCGCGGUUCAAUCACCCCACCGUCACCUGGGAAUCCUCUUGGAGACCCUUACUUCUCACCCUCUCCUCCCCUUUUUGCCCCCUCUGGAGCCCCUCCACCUCCAAACUCCACCUUAGUAGUGUCGCGAUCCCUUUCUCCGACUCAUUUUCUGUCCGGGACGUCGUCUCCGCCCCUGCACCCCCACCCGCCGCCUACCUGCCUGAGUUACCCCCACUUACCGCCGCCUUCCCCCACAAAGCCUUUCGCUUCCAAGCCGCUGCCCUACUGGACCAAGUACGAUGUUGCAGACUGGCUGGCGUACCUCAACCUUGGCGAGCAUAGAGAACGGUUUCUUGAUAACGAGAUUGAUGGCACCCAUUUACCCUCUUUGACCAAGGAAGACUAUCUGGAUCUAGGGGUGACGAGAGUAGGACACAGAAUGAACAUAGAGCGAGCCCUAAGGAGUGUAAUGGACAGGUUGUCCAGCAGUCCGUUUCCCAUUUCUGUCCUCUCUCCUCGGGAAGGGCAGCCUGAGAGGAGGAGGGACGACGGGAGUCGGAGCUGAGGCCGCGAAGGAGGAACAGGGAGGGGCUGAAGUCCAUGUCGGAGGAUUCACACAGAUUUCACACGGAAAGAAAGAAUAGGAUGAAGAGCUGAUGAUCUGUAAACCCGCCGGCUGGUGCUCCUUGAUUUACAUCCAUCCAAACACAACCACAGCAACACAAUCUAACUAAACCUCCUCUCAGUGAAUACACGAGGGUCUUUAUGGCAGCAAAUUUCAGAUUUAUUAACUAGAACAAUCACAAAGCAGAGGGUGCAUUCGGUAGGGCUGCAGAGGCGAGUCCUAACAGCUGAUUGGUUGUUUUUGUUCAGGUUUGAAGGUGAGAGGAUUCAGAUUUUAGCUUCCUGUGAGG